UAACUCAGUCAACCAGAAUUAACGGCAAAAAUCAUUAAUCGUUUUAUAAAUCUAAUUUAAAUAAAGUGUAUAGAGAAAUAAUUUUUAUAAAAUUUGUUAAGAAUAAAGGAAGAAUCCAGAGGAAGUGCCUAAGGUCUUGAAGUUAAAUUUCUGAAUGUAGAGAAUAUAAUCAAGAAGAGUGAACAGUUUAAACUGAUCUGAAAGCAACGCAGCAGUUCAAAACAGGACGUCAAUUAAAUCAGUUGUUUUAUACAAAAGUAUUUAAACGAACAGAGAAAGAAGAAACUAAAAGAAAUGUUAGAAAACACAGAAAUCGAUUCCAGUCUGGUACCCUCUCUUAAACCAGCCAGCAGCUAUCAUUCCUGUUCCCUGCACGAGCCUGUGAAAAUAAGAACAACUACGGAAAAUUUAGCCGAGUGUAAUAUAAAGACCAUACCCCAGUUCUUUAAAGAAUGUUGUCAAAAAUUCAAAGAUGUACCGGCUUUGGCGUAUAAAGUGCCAAAAGACAACUCUACUAGCAGCAAUGGCAGCGAAGAUGAACAAUGGGAAACCAUUACUUAUGGUGAAUAUGAGCAACGUGUGGAACAGGCUGCUUUAAUGCUAUUACACUUGGGUGUCCAGCCACGUUCUUCCAUUGGCAUUUUGGCCUUUAAUUGUCCCGAAUGGUUUUAUGCGGAAAUGGGCGCUUUGCGUAUUAAUGCUGUGGUGGCUGGCAUUUAUACUAGCAACUCAGCGGAAGCUGUUCAUCAUGUCUUGGAAGCAUCAGAGGCCAGUGUAUGUAUAGUGGAUGAUGCUCAUCAAAUGUCAAAAGUGCGUGCGGUUAAAUCGCGUUUAAAUCAAUUGCGUGCCGUGGUUCAAUUAAAUGGUCCCUACGAUGAGUUCGUUGGCAACGAGCCGGGCUAUUAUCGUUGGACGGAUUUGUUUGAAAUGCAAUUUAGUUCAACACUACGUGAAGAAUUGGUGUUGCGUGAACGUGAUGUGGCGGCCAAUGAAUGUGCACUAUUAAUAUUUACGUCCGGUACCGUGGGCAUGCCCAAAGGUGUUAUGAUCUCACACGAUGGAGUACUAUUCUGUUGUCAUGCUAUGGGCAAAAUGAUGACUUCCCUGGAGGAAGCAAAAGAAACCGUGGUCACCUAUUUACCUCUAAACCAUAUAGCCGCCCAAUUGUUUGAUAUAUUCAUGGCCUUGGAAUAUGGCGGCCUUAUCUACUUUGCCGAUCGUAAUGCUCUCAAGGGUUCUUUAACUAAAACCUAUUCCAAAGCCAAGGUCAGCAUGAUGUUUGGCGUACCACGAGUAUUUGAAAAGAUGCAAGAGAGGCUUGAAUAUGUGGAAGCAAACUCAUCAGCUUUAACGAAAGUUUUAAUGAAUACCGCGCGCAGUAUGAUGGAAAGCUAUCAUUUGGCUAAAAUGGAAAAUAAAUCAGCUUCGGGUAUAAAGUAUUGGUUGGCUGCAAAGGUGGUACAUAAAAUCAAGGUGGCUUUGGGUUUGGAAAUGGCAAAGGGUUGUUUCAUAGGAGGAGCACCGGUAACGGAGGAAUUAAAGAAAUUCUUUUUGGGUUUGGAUAUGCCUCUAAUAGAUGUAUAUGGCAUGUCGGAGACCAGUGGCGCGGUAGUGUACAAUUUUGAUCGACCCAAUUUGCAGACUAGUGGUAAAGCUAUGGAGGGUGUAGAACUUAAAAUUGAUAACCCCAAUGAGCAGGGAGAAGGAGAGAUCUUAAUGCGUGGACGCAGUAACUUUAUGGGCUACUUAAAAGAACCCGAAAAAACUGCCGAAACUUUGACCGAAGAUGGUUGGAUUAAAAGUGGUGAUUUGGGUUAUAUGGAUGAGCAGGGCAAUCUGUAUGUAAGUGGACGCAUUAAGGAAUUGAUUAUAACAGCAGGCGGUGAAAAUAUACCACCGGCCCAUAUAGAAGCAGUGAUAAAGAAAGAGUUGCCCUGUGUUAGCAAUGUGGUGGUUAUAGGAGAUCAUAAAAAAUAUUUAACGGCAUUGUUGACAUUUAAGGUGGAUAUUAAUCCCGAUACCGGCUAUCCUUUGGAUACUCUGAGGCCUGAUGCCUUACAAUGGUUGCAAUCAUUAAAUCUCAACUAUACCCGUCUCUCCGAUAUGCUUAAUAUCAAAUUGCCCGAAGAUUUACAAAACUUUGAUGCCAACGCUGUAGAGAUCAAUUGCGAUCCCAAGGUUUGGCAGGCUCUAGAGGCUGGUAUUAAACGUUAUAAUGAACAGGCCAUUUCAAAUGCUCAAAAAGUUCAGUAUUUCACUAUAUUGCCUCAUGAUUUCUCCAUACCCACCGGUGAAGUGGGUCCGACUUUGAAGAUAAGAAGAAAUAUUGUUCAUAAGAAAUAUGCCGAGAUUAUAGAGAAAAUGUAUGCCAAGUAAUGGUGUUACUAUUGUUUAAUAUUUUAGUUGUUGUAAAAUAGAAAUGAAAUCGUUUUAUAAUAAAUUAUUUAGAAGAAGUUUUAU